AUGACGCCAUCAUCAACGCACUCCAGCAAGUCAUCCAAGCAAGAAGUGCCAUCAACGUCCGAAAACGGAAAUCCUACUAGAGCUCCUAGAGAUGAAUGCAAAGGAUACAUUUUUAUUUUGAUAACGAUGCUCCUGUUGCUGGUGGCAUUCAUAGAGAAUAUGCAGAUUCAAGACAACUGGCUGUCCAGCGCCAGACACCAACAGCAGGUGGCUAAAGUGCAACGCUGGCAGCAAGAGGUACCUGAAAUGCAGCAAACACAGCAGGACUGGCGGUCUCACAUGGAGAACAAUUACGACGAGUUGCAAGAAUGCAAAUCUAAGCUUGAAGAAGCAGAUAGCAGAUUGGAGAAGACGACGCUCUCCAGCUCCAGCGUGACCAGUUUGACUGGGGCUACCAACAUGAUACCCUUGGAAACGUUGAGAUUGGCUUUCCAAGAGACUGUGAAAUGGAGGUCAUGCGCCUCGGGAGAGGUUGAGUCGGUUGAGGUUCAAGGCAGUGACGGCAGCCGUAUGAUAUGGUCAUGCAACAGAAGCAAGCAUUAG